CCCUGCCUGGCAAGGUGUCCGCCUUCGGCAGCUAGCUGUUGUUUUUACCUCGACUUUUUCACACGGCCCCGUACUUGACUCCCCUUGAACGCUUGCUGCCAUGAAGGGAAGCCGGAUUUUUGUGGUUCUCUUGGUGCUCUCCGCCUGUCUGCUGUGCACAGCGGAAGCGGGCAGGGGCAGGAGCGGCGGCAGCAGCAGCAGCAACCAGAACAGCUUCAGGCGGGCAGCUAACGGUAUCUACCAGACGCUGAGCAGCGUGUUCGGAGAGGACAACAUCCGAGCGCUGUACAAGUUUUUCUCCAAAGCCACGGAGCGAUUCGUGCACGGAGUGGACUCCUUCAUGGAUACCAUCUGGAAGAUCUGGUCGGAUCUGCUCGACGUGAUGGGUAUCGAUUCCUCAAACCUCAGCCACUACUUCAGCCUCGCGUCGCUAACCAACUCCCCAGCGCGGGCCUUGCUCCUGGUCGCCGCCGUCCUGCUGGCCUACUGGUUCCUGUCCAUGUUCCUGGGGGGGUUGUUUUAUCUGCUGCACGCCGUCUUCGGACGCUUCUUCUGGCUGGUGAGGGUCAUACUCUUCGCCCUGUCCUGCCUCUACAUCCUGCAGAAGUUCGAGGGCGACCCGGAGCGAGCCGUGCUGCCGCUGUGCUUCAUCAUGGCCGUGUACUUCAUGACGGGGCCCGUGGGGACGUACUGGCGGCGCGGAGGCGGCGCGGGCUCGCUGGAGGAGAAGAUCGACCACCUGGACACUCAGAUCAGGCUGCUCAACAUCCGGCUGAGCCGCGUCAUAGACAGCCUGGAGCACGGCGGGGAGCAGUAGACUCACAGCUGGGAGGAGAGUGUCGGGGGGUUAGACCACAUGUAUUUAACUCACUUUCCUGUGCACACCUUCAGGAGAACAGCUACCAGGUAUUUACAACUCUGUCAGGUGGGGGGGGGGGGGGGGGGGCUAGAUCUAAACACAAGGUUUUAAAAGCUUGAGUCAAUUAUAAGGAGAUAAACAUUAAAUUCCCCAAAGAUUCCGACGCAUCAAUCAAACCAAAUAUUUUCUUUUGAUGUUGGUUAAAAAAACCUGAUUGGCAUAAUUUCUUUCUCCGUUCCACAUCUCAGCAGCUAUAGCGAGCUACCAGAUUCCUGUUUGUAUUUCCCUUUUUUUAUUGUUGUUGAAGUAAUUAUAGUGUUCAUGCUAAAUAAAUAAACAUUUUAUAAUUAGAUGUUUUCCUUUUAAACCCCCCCCCCUCAAUAUAAUCUCCUUGAAACUACUGUAAAAAUAGAAAGAAAUCCGGUGAGGACGAAUGCCCAGGCCUGACUUGAGACAGUUAUUUCUAAUAUGUAAAGAUCUUGUAUAGUUGUCCACAGUGAGAUUUAUUUAUUUCAUCCAAACAUGUUGAAAUAGCUCUGAUUAGUGACCGUUCUGUGGCAAAUGUGAUGUCAGGACCUCUUUUAUUUUAUUUUUUUAAUCUUUUAUGUUUUUCUUGUGUGUGGGGACAUGAGUCGACGCCUCACUGACCUGCUCCGAUGUGUGUUUGUGAAGCUGCGUAUGUUUUGGGGGGGUGGGGUCGAGCGAGUGAAUCUGAAAAACGCCGUGUCUAAAGUCUCAUUCGGACGUGGAAACCACACAGAGAGCCAGCAAUAUCUCAGGGACUCACUCAACACAUAAAGAAAUAUGAAUUCUAGUAGAAGUCACGUUUUGGUUUCUUCACAGGUCUGCUUUUGUGUGUGUGUGUGUUGUGUAAAGUUUAAUUUAUGCACGCUGACCUCAGAAAUCCUACUUUUCAUUUAUAAUUUCAUUAAGUGAUCAUUGUUGAUACUGGCUAGUUGGUCCUCUUAAAAACGAACCCCCUUUUAUCAGAGUGUAAUUUAUGUUGAGGUACAUUUAAAUAACAUUACCGCCUUUAAACCUGGGCUGGAGUAAGACUAAUGCACAUUGCUCACCUACUUAGCCCUGAUGGAGAAACUUUAGGACUGUCGGGGCUGCAAAACUCUCAAAAAUUGGAAGCUUUCAAUGAGAAUGAACAGGAAUUUUUGGGAAAUAACAAAGAGUUUAUGGAAAUAAAGGAGCAUUAAAAAUAGACAUUUAAUAUGCUGACCAGUGGCUUUAGUUUGGGUUUAUAUUUUAGAAUAGUGUUGACUAAAGCAGAUUUCAUGCAGGUACACUUUAGUAGAUCUGUUAUUCCCCCAUUACAUCAGCAUAGUGUGCCGUUUCCUGCAGGAGGAUUGAGGCCACGCCCCCUACAUGCACCGUGCAUUCCUCCAUCUCAUGCAUGGGGGAUUUCUGGACCCCUAGCCUAGAGAAGCCCCUAACCUGAGCCUGUGGACUACAUAAAGGGAAAUGUUAUUUGAUGUAAUGUUUAAGUUGUAAAUACCACCUGAUCAUCUGCCUAUGACAAAAGCUAUUCUUUCUAUUUAAGUUUGGAUAUGGUACAGUUUGUUUAAAUUACUUCCAAUUGCCAGUUGGUUCCCAUCCAUUCCCCAAAUUCCAAUGAAAGUUUAGGAAUUAUUGCAAAUUGGAAAUUGCUAGAAAUUUCCAUUUCUUUGCAACUGUAGGGACAAUAUUUAACCAAUGCUUGUACGACCACAAACAUCUUAAAGAGUCGUACGGUUGAUCUUCUCAAUUUUUGGUCUUUAUGAUGUUGUUAAUACGUCCAUAUUUUCAGUAGUUUGGCUUAGAUUUUAUUUAGCUGCUUCUUAAAAUUGUACAGCCCUUCUUUCACAGGUCCUUUUUGUAUUUGGAGGAAUAUCUUAUGGUGCGAUUUGCUUCCGUCCAUAUUUGUACCUUUGGAUGAGGUGUUCAGAUGUUGUGAUGGUGUUACAAAACUAUUAGCCCCCUAAAACGAGGCACUCUCCCCGUUGAAAGGAGAAUAAAUAAAGUUUUUCAGGAUAUUAAAAUCAAAAUGCUCCAGUUACCUUAAUCAUGGACAGCUCCUUCCCCUUGGGAGCGUGUGUUUUUAAUAGGGAUGGGCCUGAAUGCAGGGAUUUUAGUUAAUUAACGAAGCUUGGUGAAUACUAUGGCCCUCAUUGAAGGUGAUGAAGAUGACCUACAUAUUAAUGCAAUGGACUGGCAAAACAUUCAUCUUUCAGCCAACUUAGGCUAGCUGAAGAAACCAAUCCCCAGGUACAUCCCUGCUGUCGCCUCUGUGUUUGUAGCUGUAACGGGACAGAAGGUGCACAAAGUUCAAGGGGUAUGAAUGUUUUUGUGGGCACCAUACUAUAAAUGACCAUCCCUGUUUCCAUUUUGUCAGAUGUAAUUUAGAGCAAGUUUAAUUGAUGCAUGGAUAAUAAGUAAAUAUUAAUAUCAGGUUUCCCCCUAGAAAAUGGGCUAAUCCUAGCGGUAGGUGUCGUUGUUGGCUCUGGGAAGUGUUUAGUCAUGCGGCUCGAAGGAGAAGCGCAACGUGGAUGCACUGUGCAUCAAGCUAAUAGCAGCUAGCAUGUUAGCUAGUUAGACCAGAACUUUACUCACCGUUUAAUGUCGCUCUCUAACAUCAACGCAUUGAAAAUACACAGAUGACAAUUAGCCUGGCCAGGGGGAGAUAAAGACUGGUGGCCCGCCAGGCUAAUAAUAUACUCUGAAUAUCUAUCCCCUGCAUUCUUAAUUUUGAAGAUCAAGGGUUGGCCCUCUUAGAAAGUAUUAUAUUACAGUUAUUAUAUGUACAGACAGAUGGUCUAGCUAUUUCAAAUACAGAUGCACAAUAUUAGAAAAACAUGCAAUAGCAAUAUGGUGUGUGGGAUAAACCUAAAUCUUCCUCACGCCUUUCUCCAUUGUCAUUAAGACAGUUGCAAGUCCCUCUGUAAGCUUUCAGGCCCCCACAUACUUGCGCGGACAUGUGUCCGCCAACGUCCGCACAUUCUCUAGGUCGAGUCUGCGCGGACAGACUGGUAUGAGCAGAGCUCAGAUUUUACAACGGCGUACGUGGUGUCACACUAUAAACUGCUCGGCAGCAAGAAGUCUUCACAUCGAACUGUUUUGCAUGUGUCACCGAGCUUGAUUCACUGAGCUGCUCCGAGCAGGCGGGCGCAAGGACGCGCAGCAUCAUGGUCCCUCUCUGUUCGCAGUGUCAGGUAUGCGGUGGUUGCCCAGUGGGAAAGAAACGGCUCUAAAUGCUCAACUAGCUAAUGAAACAUUUAACAUCCCUUCCUCUCGCUGGCAAGUGUGGAGCCUUUAGCGUCUCAGGCAGGGCUGCAAUUAUUGCUGUCGUGCAUGAAUUCAUGAAACAAUGCAAUGCAAACAGUCCUUCGCGAUCCCUAAUUCUAUAUGACUUAUUUUUUAUUUAUUUUUUUGCAUUUUCUGGUCUCAUUUGCCUGUAUUUAUUAGUAGCUUGAAAGCGAUAAUCGGUGAAGACGUGCAGUAGAUAGCCUGGGGUCGGGAAUCAAACAUUAGACUGCUGUCAAGAACUAUACCCUCUAUACACAAUUCCUGUUGCAAAUAGUUUGGCAGAUACAAGUAUAUGUCAUUCUUUUUUUUUUUUUAUUACCGUUUUUAAUUUCUUUUAUGUAGCUUUAGCUUAGGCUUAAAAUUAGCUUUCAAGACUCAAAAGGGUAUACAUCAAAAUUUUGGAUUUUAAUGAUUUUUGUCAAAAUGUUCCCAGCUCACCUACCACAGAAAAAAACAACAAUGAAGUGAUUUAACUGUAUAUUGUCAUGUGAGAUUUUGUUGCAUGCUGCCUUUUAUAUCUUAAAGAUUUUCAUUUUGCUGCCCGCGUAGAUAUUUUAACAAAUGUCAUGAGAGAAAUUAGCCAGAAACGGAUUAUAUCCACGGAUUACGUUGCCGUUUGAUGCUGGUUGUUUUUCUGCACUAUUUAUUUGCACUGAAGGCUGGACUCUGUUGACCAAACAAUCACACUUGGAAACAAUCCCUGUUUUUUCAUUCCAUAAGCACUGCAGUGUCCCUGAAACGAAGGCACAUACUGAAGCGUGUGAGAAACGACCAUUAUCCCUUCACAUCAGGCAGCUGACUGGAGAGAUGAGCUUUCGAUGUAUUGAUAGCCUACAGAGUAAUCUGGGGCCAUGAUAUUUACACAGCCAAACACAAGGGGGAACGCGUGUGUGCUUUAUCAGGAUGUUUAACCACUAAUAACUGCUGUGGAAUGAAGGUGUUAAACUGGAUUAUUGCAAUAAACUGUUUUAAAACCUAAACAUGUAUAGUACUGGAUUACAGCUGGGCGAGGAUUUUAAGGGAUGUUGGUGUGAUGACCUGAAGCUCUUUCACAUCUUUAAAGGAUUCAAAGGCUUGUGAGGCCUCUUGUGGACCAUGAACCCCCCCAGUUAUUCAUUUGUUUAGAGUGUAUUACUACUGUUACAUUAAAUUACUGUACUGUAAUGUGUCUAUUAUUUCAAAUGGUCUUUAUUUUCCAGUGCCAAUCUUUUUACUGUAAAGAAAAAAAAUUGUCUUAGACUUUCUUUCUUUUUUUUUCUCUUCUGCUGAUUUCCAUUUUUAGACUUUUUAUCAUUUAAAGUCUGUGCUUGACUGCUGUGGCGGGGCUCAAACUGUUCGGCCUUCUGUUGUUUUCUUUGUGUUUGGUUGUGUCUUAACAAAAAAAAAACGUUGUGUAAUAAUGUGGCUUUUUGAGCAAAGAUGAGGUCCAGAUUUGAAUAAACACUCGUAGAACUGAAAAAA